CUUUACAUUUUGAGUUUGGUCCCUACUGCUCGUAUUGUAUUUUGUGAGGUAGACUAUAAUUAUGAAAUAAAAGGAAAACCGUAAUUUGAUGAGAGAUUUUUUAUUCUAUUAUUUUUCAAAGUCCGGUGGAUUCAAUAUCUCUCGGAAGAGACUGGCUCUUUUUCUUCAAUGAACUACCCACAUUCGUACAAAAAUAACUUGUACCAGUUGUGGAACAUAUCCAUCGAAGUGGGAAAGCACAUCAAACUUAUCUUCACGUACUUUGACGUGCAUGUCACUGAAGACUGCUAUUAUGACUAUUUGAUUAUUGAAGACCCUUAUGGGCUGGAAGAAAUGCGUCACUGCGGUGCGUGUAUCCCAUCACCAUACAUCUCCGUAGAAAACAUCAUUUAUGCCAUCUUUGUGACAGAUGCUGUGAUAUACAGAACUGGGUUUUCAGCAAAGUAUGAGACGGUGUGGGAUAGGUCAGACAGUAAAGAGCCUUCAGCUCCGGAUGUGCUCCAGUCUGAGUGGCUCGAGAUAGGUGAGGGGAUCAAACAGAUCAGCGUCAGUACCUCCACCAAUCAGGUGUGGGCACUGGAUAUUGACGGAAGACCGCUGCGAAGAACAGGCAUUUCUAAAUCUGCACCCCAGGGGACUGGAUGGGAAGUGGUACAGAACGGAACAGAAGAGUUUCUGCACAUCUCAGUAGGACGUGCUGGAGUGUGGGCAGUUUCUGAUGACUCCACUGUAAUGUACCGUGUGGGAACAUUCAGGAGCGAGGGAACAUCGGGUACGUCCUGGCAGACGGUUCAUAUCGAUUCCAAAAUCACAAGCUCACUCUUCAACUUCAAAGCCUUCCCAGUGGAAAUCGAUUGGUCUGGACACAAGAUAGAUCGGAUACAUUCAGGAAAGGACUUUGUGUGGAUCAUUGCAAGUUAUUCCUCUUUCACAUAUGGAUAUACCAUGGUGAGAAAAGGCAUAACCUGGGACAACCCUGUAGGUGCUUUCUGGGACUCUAUACAAACAGCCAAUAUGAAGGAGGUCAGCGUCAGCUCCAGAACAGGUCAACUGUGGGCAGUUGAGCUUGGCGGCAGAGUGUGGCGUUCACCUUUCUAUUGUGAAAUCUCCGUAAAGAGAGACUGGGAAGCGAUUGACGGCUGCUUUUUGUCUGUGUCGGUGGGACGUUCGGGAGUCUGGGCAGUAGACUUUGAAGGCAAAGUGCAUCACAGAGCAGGCACGUUUCUGAACGAAACUGCCCGUGGAGUGGCAUGGAUGGAGGUGCCAGGAGUACCACUGAAGGAGGUCCAUGUAGGGGACGGAAUUAUCUGGGGUGUUGACUCAUCACAUCGUGUAUUUGUAAAACUUCUACCGACAUCUCUUGACGGGGAAAUCUGUCAAGUAGGCUUAAAUGGACGCUCAAUGUGCUACGCUACUGAAGAAGAAAAGCGCCUCUGUGCGGAGGACGAAGUCAUUUGUCCUUACAGCGAGAGAUGUAUCAAAGAAUGCAGCGUGUGUGACGGCAUCUUGGACUGCGGAGAUGAUGACGACACUGACGAACGGAACUGCUGGUUUGCCGCCUGUCCUGAAAAACAUCGGCGCAUGUGUGACGGGGAAGUGGGUUGCUACAGUCCGAUUCGUGUGUGCGACGGUGAGCGGAACUGUGGGAAAGUCACAGAGGACGAGCGAGACUGUCCCGACAGCUGUGUAGACUACAGGAAACGCAACUACUUGCUUCAACGAGAAGAAAUUCAGUGUCGUGAUUUGACAGGCUGUGUUAAGAUCACGAAAGUUUGCGAUGGCAGAAAAGACUGUUCUGACGGAUCGGACGAGAUUAACUGCGACGAAUUCUGCUCCCUUCAUGGCUCAUUCGGCGAUGCUGCCUACUGGAAGUGCCGUGAUGCUCCCGGUUGUGUGAAAGGGGAUUUUUUGUGUAACGGCAUUUCUGAUUGCGCUGAUGGGUCGGACGAACAGAACUGUGAUGAAUUGUGCAGAUCUAUCGGGUACUGGCCCUGUAAAAACUCAAUCCCUCCGUUCCCGAGAUGUAUCAAUGGACAGGGCAGAUGCAACCGAGCAGUUCAAUGCAGGGACUUCUCAGAUGAGAUUGGCUGCGAUUACUGCGGACAUUAUGAAAUGGCUGGCUUCCCCAAAUGGAAAAGAGAGAUUUUCAUGGAGGGAACUGACAUGCUGUACCUGCUCCAUGAAGUGUGUAUUCCAUUGGAUAGCGUUUGUGAUGGAUGGAAUGACUGGUAUUUCCAAGACGAGGUCAGCUGCUUCCAAGGGAUGUACGAGCCUAAUUUGUGUGAGAGAUGUCCAAUGGUCGAAAAUACAUGUUUUCCUUUGAAAAUCGACAUUUUACCAAGCGACAGUUUAUCAAGCUACAUCUACUGUGAUACUAUAAUACACUGUGGCAACGGGGAGGACGAAAUGUACUGCUGUAAGUUUAUACCAUUGCAUACUCCUUCGAACGUGGUAUGUACAGGAAAUUAGGAAAUUAUGCUUGUUGAAUUUC